AACCAUGGCUGGCUCCUGUGGUCCAGAGUUUACUGUCCCAUCGAUUGCCUCCACCCCAAGAGUUGGGUUUGGAUCUGCUGGGCUUGGCUGUGGAGGUCUAGGCUAUGGAUAUGGAGGUCUUGGCUUAGCUCAUGGAGGUCUAGGUUAUGGAUAUGGAGGUCUUGGCUUAGCUCAUGGAGGUCUAGGUUACGGAUAUGGAGGUCUUGGCUUAGCUCACGGUUAUGGUCUCGGCUAUGGCUCCGGUCCUGCCGUGGCUGAAACUUCUGGCAGUCUUGGCACUCUGGCUGGAGUCAGCCCUUCCUGCAUCAACCAGAUCCCACCAGCAGAAGUCGUGAUCCAGCCACCCCCCUCUGUCGUGACCCUCCCAGGACCCAUCCUCUCUGCCACUGGUGAACCAGUCUCCGUGGGAGGGAAUGCUCCAUGUGCCAUCAGCGGUACUGGGGUGGCAGGAGCUGGCUACUAUGGGGGGCUAGGGGGCCUUUAUGGAGGUUCCUGUUUAGGCCUGAGGCGCGGUUCAGUCCUUGGAAGAAAGUUUCUAACCGGACGUCGUGGCAGCGUCUGUCAUUGAACCUGAGGAGAAUC